AGUGAUUUUUUUUUACUUUUAAAUUAUUAUUAAAUAAUUAAAAAAAUGAAGGGUCAAGAAAAAUUAUGUGCAAAAUUAUCAAGUGCAUUUUUACGGAAGUGGUGGUUUAUAAUUGCCUUGGCUGUGAUUUUAAUAUUAUUUGGCGUAGCAAUCACAAUAUUUUUCACAAGUUGGGUGAGAUUAGUCAUAGAUCACGAAAUAGUCCUCAGAGGUAAUUCAGACACAUUCCGAUGGUGGUCGAAACCACCAGUAGUUCCUGUUCUCAAAGUCUACAUUUAUAAUGUAACAAAUGCUGACGAAUUUUUAAAUAAUGGAUCAAAACCAAUCGUUGAAGAACUUGGACCCUAUGUUUACAAUGAAGAUUGGGAAAAAGUUAACAUUAAAUUCAAUGACAAUGGAACAGUAUCGUUCAAUCAAAGAAAAAUCUAUGUAUUUGAUGAAGAAGCAUCAUAUGGCUCUGAAGAUGAUGUAGUUGUCGUACCUAAUAUACCAAUGUUAAGUGCCACAUCACAAUCAAAACAUGCAGCACGUUUCCUUCGGUUAGCUAUGGCUAGUAUUAUGGAUAUAUUAAAAAUUAAACCGUUCGUUGAAGUUUCUGUUGGACAAUUGUUAUGGGGAUACGAAGAUCCACUAUUAAAACUAGCUAAAGAUGUUGUACCAAAAGAACAAAAAUUACCGUAUGAAGAAUUUGGUUUGAUGUAUGGUAAAAAUGGAACAUCCAAUGACGUAGUAACAGUAUUUACUGGUGCCAAUGACAUUACAAAAUUCGGUUUAAUUGACACAUAUAAUGGUAAUACACAUUUGCCACAUUGGAGAACAGAUGCUUGUAAUGCAUUAAACGGUUCUGAUGGUUCCUUAUUCCCUCCACAUAUGACAAAAGAUACAACACUUUAUAUUUAUGACAAAGACUUAUGUCGGCUUUUACCUUUAAAGUAUUUAAAAACAGUCAAUACUAAAGACGAUGUGUUAGGAUACCGAUUUACUCCACCACAAAAUGUGUUCGCAAGUGUUGAUAAAGAACCAGAAAAUAUGUGCUUCUGCCCACAUGGACCACCAUGUGCUCCAAAUGGAUUAUUUAACGUAUCAUUAUGUCAAUACGAUUCACCAAUUAUGAUUUCAUUCCCGCAUUUCUAUUUGGCCGAUGAUAGUUUACGAACAGCAUUUGAAGGAAUUUCUCCAGCUGACCCAGAAAAACAUAUGCUUUAUUUGGAUGUUCAACCAGAAAUGGGUACAGCUUUAAGUGCGAAAGCAAGAGUACAAAUUAAUUUAGCUGUUAGUCAAGUAAUCGACAUUAAACAAGUCGCCAGUUUUCCAGAUAUUGUCUUCCCCAUUAUGUGGUUCGAAGAAGGAAUCAGUGGUCUUCCAAAAGAAGUAACAAAUCUACUAAACUUAGCAACAAUAGCACCACCAAUUGCGCGAACAUCAUUAAUGAUUGGAUUUUAUAUAAUUGGUAGUUUAUUAUUAAUUGUUGCUGUAUGGCGAUUAGUAAAAGCAGCACAUGCGCACAGUACAUUAAGGCUGAACACACCACAAUAUAAUAUACCACCAGUAAAUGGAAAUUCAAAAUCAGCAGACAAUAAUUUACAAUUGAAUACCAUCACAAAAUAGUAAAACAACACAAAAGUCUUAUAUUUAAAUAUAUAAAAAAAGAAAGAAAACGAUAUGCCAUUCUGUCCCAAUUAUGUUAUGAAUUUGCUUUGAACAAUUCGAUUUUUAGAUUGAUUUUUUUAAACAAUUGACUCUUAAAUUUAGAAUAAUUUUUGAAAUAAAAUUAAAAGACAUUUAAUUAUUUUUUUUGGUACUUUUCUAGAUAGGUUGUUGUUGUGUUUUGUAGUGUCUUUUUUGUAUAUUAUUUAAAAUGAUAUUGUUCAAACAAAAUAAAAGACUAUGAAACUUAACAGGAUGGUUAAUUAUUUAAAAAAAUUCUAUAAUAUAAAGACAAAAGUCAUGAAGAAACGAAUUUGAAUAAAAUGAGAACUAAUGUAUAUUUCCUUUAUUUAUUAUGAAAUGCAAUAUUAAAUAUACAGUUUAAAGAAUUGAACCAAUCCUUGGAAAAAUUACUAGCUGUGAUUUCCUACAAAAAAAAAAAAAACGAAUUUCACCAGAGGAAAAAUGAUUAUUUCUUUUUUGGCUAAAUACUUAAUGGAAACCUUGGAUUGUUAUUUUGAGGGACUAAAACAUUUUGAUUUGACGAAGUACUUUGCCAAAAAUUGAAACAAAUACAUUCAGCAUUUUUCCAACUAAAAUAAUUAUUUACAGUCUAUCAAGUCAAAGUUAAUAAUUUUUCCCAGAUAAAAUUAUUAUUUUUAUUGCACUAAUUAUAGGACAUCAGAACAAACGUUUUUCAAAAUUUUUAAUUUUUUUCAAAAUAUCACUUUCAAUUUGACGAUUUUGCAACAUUAAAAAGUUUGCGGGUAAAAUUAGAAUCAAGAGUAGCGUUUUAGUUGGUAAAUUAUUGAAAGGGGUGUUAUAUAUAAAGAUGCAUAUCUUUUAAAUAAGCUAAACGCACCAUAUUAUCGAAAUUUUU